AUGUCUUCACUGCAAUCCUGCAUCUCAGAUCGUGGACCAGCGUCGACUAGGUAUGUAUGUGCAGUACUCAUUUCUACCCCAGUAGCCCAUGUUUCGGUCCGACAGCGCUCUCCAACAUGUGAGAUUCUCGUCAGGCCAUCUAUCGAGUGUGCUUGUGCAACACGAUUCACUGCCAAGCCUGUACCGGUGCUGUACGAAGAGGCCCCAUUCUCAGAAUGCUGUACAUACUUUGGUGCACCCUGGAGGUUACUUGGGAGGAUAUUGUGCGACUCAUUACUACGGGAGAGCCCAUUCGGCCUUGGGCGGCAGUCGAAUCUGCCCGACACGCGCAAGUCCUGGCAGAUCAUCAGAGGCUCGUAUCGGGGUAGCUAUGGGCAAGGUCGAAGCUUGAGGCCCACACGUGCUGCUGCGUCCGUGGAGGGGACGGGACGAACGGUGGAGCCCAUGCAGACUUGGCCCACAAACUCGUCCAAGAAGCAUCCGGUUACCAAAUCUGGGACAUGGACUCGUGAUGAGCCUGGUUUGUUGGACCCGAGCGUGGAGACACUUCAAACCCACGAUUUGAUACGUUUACACCGUCGCCGCCAAGCCACUAGCGCGAAAAACUUCCCUUUCUGCCUGCACCUGUUUCCUCGUGAGCCUCCAAUAACCGCAGCCGUGGAUAACGAAGCCAGUACACGGAAUUACAAAGCGAUAUCCAAUCUCACCCUGAUACUCCAUCCGUCAAUCAAAACCCCUCAAUCCGCACUCCUCUCCAACCACGAACUCCUCCUCCACCUCCGCCAAGAAGAAGCAGAAUACAGCGGCACAGAUGGCAUCCUCGAUGAAAACGGCAGGUCGCGCAAACGAGCAAAGCCAGCCGGUCUCAACCACAUGUUACGAGAUGGCCUCACCUACCUCCAAACCCCAGACUACACCACCAGCCGCCUCGCGGACACACAUCCCACCCGGCCCAUGACCCUAUACCGCGGCCCAAACUCGCUCUUCCGCGCCCUGGCGCCAAAAUACCGUCUCAACAAGGCAGAGUAUCUACAGCUAUAUAAUCUACGGCCGAGCACGCAGGUCAUGCUUGAACUUGUUAUUGAAGAGGCAGGCACACGGUUCACAGAGGACGAACUCCAUGAUAUUCUCGCUAUUACGCAGCACGUGUUUGACGAGGAAGAGGCGAAUAUCCCGCAAGGGGUAGAGGACAUGAAGAUGGACAAGAUUUCAAACAAGUUGUUGGGCGCUAGUAAGAAGAGGAGGAAGGUGAGGAGGAAGGCCUGA